AUGCCCAACAGAGCUCCCGAUAAAACGUUUCUGCUAAGUAAGACAGACUACGAGCUAAUAGGCUAGUCAUCCAUAUCACUUCCAUUCUCUCUUUUAAGUACUUCUGCCAUCAGAAUUCAUUUUUUCACCGCUAAAACGGCCGCAAAAACAACCAGGCGAAGUUUGUUUUGUCCUAGUUUUGUUGCUAAGCAACUGCGGAACCCAACAAAGCCGAUGGAAUGAAAACGAAAAUAGUUUAUGGUUUAGAUUUCUCACUCAUGAAUUCAUGCAAGAUCAGGGUGCAGUGCGUUUUGUAUUAUCAUUAUUAUUAUUUUUUACCUCGUUUAUAGAGUAGUAUUAUUUAGAUUAAAAAAAUAAGCGAAUCGAGUGCACCUGCCUACAUACUGAACAUGAAUAUGUAAUUCAGCUCAAUGGUAAGUUGUUAGCCCCCCAGGGAGACGUUUAUAGGGCAUCAUCAUGUGUUUAAUCGUCCCAUGUAAGGGAAUCCGUAUUCCAUAAUCCGGGAAAUGUUUGCUUGUGGAUUCCGGACGUGGGAAAAUUUUGCUGAUGGAACCCGGAAUCCUAGGCUGUGGAAUCUGGAAUAGAGCUCAAGGAAUCCCCAAUCCCACUAAAGAUUGGCCUCUAAAAUCCAAGUUCCCCUGAAAAACACUGGAAUCCAGUCCCUGGAAAUAUCCGGAAUCAAUGGCAUGGAAUCCAUAAUUCAAGACUGUCUUGGAUUCUCUUACAUGGGUCAAGUUCAAGAUGGAUGGCAUAAACAAAGCACAGCGUUUCUCGGUGUCAACAUACCUUUCCAAAUCUGGUCACCUUGAUACUGCUUUCAAGGAAACUAGCAAAGAAAAUCUUUCUGAGAUAUAGACUUGGAUAAAUUUAUGAAUUUAUGAUUCUAACGGUAGUGGUGGCUGCGCGUUUCCAUCCUUCAGGUAUUAGGCCGGUGGAUUAUUUAUAUAUAUUUAGCAUAUAAUUAUCACUUUAGGCUCUUCUAGCACUAGUUGUUUUUUUAUUAUUAUUAUUAUUUUCUGCGUGUUUGUUUGUUUUCAUUAAAACUGUUGCUGUUAUUCUCUUAUUUCUGUUUUAGCUGUUUUGAAAUUCACAAGACCAUAUUUAGGACAAACGUUAAAGGGCAGAGAUGGUUUGCCCUUCAACUUUACAUGGACAUUUUCAGGUAGUGCGAGUGUAAUUGAGUGGGGGAUAAAGGAAACUGGUGUAAAUGACUUCACAUCAAAUGGAAAAAUCUUGUCUUUAAAGAAUACUGGUGAAAAAACCUUUCAUAAGUCAGGAUAUUCUGGACAUUUUACUGGAACUUGGAUUUCUGGGCAAGUGGUCUUUGCAUUUAAUGCUGUCAACAGAAAUGAUAUGAAAUCCUAUCUCUGCAUUUUAAGAGCUCAUAGCGUCCGGGAUGCUGAUCAGUAUGAUGGGGUACAUCUGAUUGUUGAAGGUAACCAUGUUUGCUUUUAAAUUAAUUUGGUUUCAUCGUGUAGCGCAUGUGUUCCUUUCUUUUAACUAUUCCAUACUGAACUUUGUAUAUUUAGUAUAUAAUGAUUUCUUUAUUUUUCACCUUUUGGUAUAAAUUUGUAAAGGUAAUAGCACGAUUUGUAGUGAUAUUUGGCAUAAAUACCACGAGUGAUAUUUCAAAAAUUGUUAUACAUAAUUCCACGAGCCGUUAGGCGAGUGAAAUUUGAGACAAUUUUGAAAUAUCACGAGAGGUAGUUAUGCCAAAUAUCACGUACAAUUCAUGUUAGUAUAUACACACUCAGUGAUCUUGGUGAUUUAAGCAAUCUGAUUGGUUUACUAUCUCGGACUAUUCAACAAUAUUCACCUCCUAGCGAGUGGAUAAUGUGUGAGCUCGGUGUUUUUCCCGUUUUUUUUAGAGAACGAUCUUUUAAAAGUCGACAAAAUCCUAGGGCUGACUUUUUUUAAGGCAAGAAAAGACUUGGAAGGAUUCAAUACGGCGUUUUUCAAUUUACUGUAGCAAGAGUUUUGUGCUCGAUGGAUUGUUUACAACUCCCGUGUAUUCGCGUAGAAGAAGCCGUUUCGUGAACUCAGCGUUUUCUAAGAAGAAAAUUUUGGCUCAAAAAUCGAAGUUUAUUUAUGACAAACAAAUUUAAAAGGAAAUGUUUGCAGAAAUUCUACAUUUCAAGUAAACAGGAAAAAGAAUGAUACAGGAAGACGACCUCUUACCUCGAGCAACCGAGCCGCCAUUUUUGUCAGCACUUCAUGCGAAGAACGACACAACAUGCCCUUUUGGCUAUAAACUUGGCGAGUCAACAGAAAACAACACAGCUCUACUUUUUUUCUCAGGUAAGGAAACAGUUCAAACUUUUAGCGAUUCCAUUGAAGCCAUUACGCUGUUGUUUGCGAAAUGAGUAAACUUGUGAAUUGCCAUGUUUGAAAAUUCUGCAAAGAUCUAUUUUUAAACUUACGCGUGAUUUGAUCUGUCAAUCAAAUCCUACUUUUGAAUGGUUUCCUUUCUGAUUUUGUUGAGAUCACUUCGUGUGUAUAUACUAAAACAAUUAUUCUUCUCAAUCUCGGUGAAUAGUGGCUUUGGGAAUACUUACCUCGCCGCUUUCGCGGCUCGGUAAAUAUUUUGCCACUAUUCACCUCGAUUUCAAAGAAUAAUUGUUAACUAUUAUUUGUUUAUACAGCUGCUACAUGAGACAUUUUUUGUUAUGCCAUCUGUUUAUUUUGUGACCCGUAUUUUGAUUGACAGUAAACAACAUGUGAUCUGAAAAUCAUGUUAUCCAAAAUCAAAACUUACAACAAUAUCGAUUGCAAACCCAUGUAAAGAAAGAACACCAAAGUUAAUCAAAGUUUGAGUUUUCGAAAGUGUGUCUCAAUGAAAGUCGUUCAGAAUUAGAUUCUAACAUCUACUGCUGCUGUUUGGCGUUUCCCAGCUUGCUUGCGAUGUUAUAAUUUAUAGUAACUUGACAGCCAUGGAAGUGGUCAAAGGUCGCCGACCUUUAGUCAUUCAUGAGGAAAGUGUUCGCCACAGCUGUGUUUACAGCAUCUAAUCUUUCAAGCGGGUGAAGAACUCUGCUGGAUUGUGCCGUUGCACACUCCGCACUGAUGAUGGAAGAAAUGAGUCGCUGUUCUUUCUCAUCGCCUUCUUCAUAAUCUUCAAGGGACCUUUCAUUGAUAUGUCCUGUCACGCUGACCCUGGUUGAUUUGCACCUUUCGGCUUCUUCACCAAGGUUUUGCGAGCUCUGUGGUUUGUGAGCUUUUUGUGAGCUUGUAUGUCUGCUUGACUUGCCAUAUUCUUCAUAAAGGAAUUAAUACUGUUGACGCCCAUUCUUUGACGCUUAUACCACACUUGGGUGUUUGGUCGUUCAUUCACGGCAAGAUAGAAUGGACCAUUGUUUCGCUUUUCUUCAAGUCUUCGUUCCAAAAAUGUCUUGAACAAUUUUACAGGCAUCACUGUCCACCUGUAGCAAACAUCUUGGGUUGAAUGACUCUUCGUUUCUUGCGAAGUCCACCUUGGCGAUUUUGCGUGGGUUUUUCCUCUUAAGUCACGAAUUCAAUACCACUGUCGUAGGUACUGGAGGCAAAAUCUUCAACGUACAUGUCGUGGUGCUCCUCGCAGCCCCUCAAACAUGGUCUGUAUCAUGGUCUGUAUCAUAUCUGUGGAGAAUGGCUUCCAAGCACUGCUUUGGACCACAGCAACUCUUCUUCUUGAGAGGUGAGUGCCCUUGCAGCGUUUGGCCUUUUUCCGAAACCUUCUUGACGAAGAAGCCUUGCUUUUCCUUCAAGUACUUUUCUGCUGUUGGAAAACUCGAUAUCCUUGGCUAUUGAGAAGGCAGCAUCCUUUUCUCUCAGGGUCGGUCCAAUGACGCCAACAUAACUCUCAAACUGUCAGGCUCGUACUCAGAACCAUCUUUCUCACAGAUCUCGGCGAAGAACUUUUGUAAUGUAUCAUCUAGUUGUUUCGCGUCAUAAGAAAGCAAAUUUAUUUCAAAAUUCUUGCUUUCAGCCCAGCUGGUCCAGACAUCAUCAGAAUUUUCCUUCAGUUCUUGAAUCUCUUCAACUUGAAAAUCUGGAAAUCUUUCCGCCAUUGUUUUUUGAUUUGCUUAGUGAUUUUGGUUACCAUGGAAACAGUCAUUUUCACAGGUAGGAUUUCACAUUAAGCUGAAAUACUACUGCUCUAAGCCAAUCAAAUUGCAGAAAUUUCUCAUGUAGUAGUAGUAUAACGAAAAUAACCCUGGUCAUUUCUAAAUAUGGCUUCAUCAAGUAGUGAGGGAAUCAAGUUCUUUUCCAAAAGGUUACCUCUUACAUUUAAUAAGUAACAAUUCCUCAAUUUAAAUUUUUUAUCCUCUCUACGUUACGUUGUUAGAAUUCUGACAUGUUUUGAAUUCCGGCUCUAUUUAUCGUUUGUUUUUUGUGUCUGCCUUACCGCUUAUUUUUUACGGUUUUGUUGAAGCGUGAGUUAGACCCGCUUGUUUUAUUCCAUCCUUCGUUUUUUGACUUGCGGCCAAUUGUUUAGGAGUCUUUUUUUCAUGCUUUACUCCCUAUCUGUAUUUUAUUUGUUCUGCUUUACAUUCUGAAACAAAUCUCGCAAGUUGUACUUAAAAAAAGCGUCAGACGCUCAAGUAGGAUCUGAACUUAUUGGCUAUGAAAGCGCCGUUAUUCUCCUAUGACUAAAUUAUAGCGGAACCUCCGUUUGCACUUCGCGCGCGCGAGCGUGGAGCUCCAUACUUAAGCGAAAAUGGUAAACUAUCCAUCCCAGAAAAUUUGGUUAUGACGUCACCGUACGUGCGUACGGACUUUCCGGGUAGGGGUGAGUAGAAAUGAAUUCCUCCUCUCUCCCCUAGAGAGUUUUGUCCCCUAUUGUUUCAAAAGGCUUUAGAAAUGAUUGGCAAAUCUGAGUCUAUCUACUGAGCCAAUGUUUGGUGGAUUUUAGCGGCCGAUUAUUUGACUUUUGAUGAGGUUAUGGGUGAUUUCAGAAAAAAAACUUCCUUUAGACUGAUUUCGAGGGAGAAAAGCUUGCAAGGAUAUACCGGGAAAAAAUUAUAUCCUGCACUGAAAAAGAAAUUUCCCUCAUGACGUAUAUAAUGCUGAAAAAAUCUUGCACCGUUAUAUGUCAGGGAAAAAAUUUCUUGCUCCAGAGGUUUGGGAAAAAAUUCUUGCCCAAAAUAAACCAAACAUACCUCCUCCCCCACAAAAGUCAAAUGGGCGACCACAUAGGGGGUGGGGAAGAAGCCGCCGAAUUUGACACCUUAGUAGGUGUCAUCCGUCAACAAAAUGGCUGGCGCACGCUCAUCAUGUGGUGGCUUUUAAGACUAUGAAAGUUUUGCAUUUCAAGAUUGAAAAAACGCCGAUAAAAGACGCAAGUGGAAAGAGAAAGUUCAAAAGAGUGCUUAGAUUCCUUUUUGUGGACAAACGAGAGCUUUUCGCUUUGAAAUUCUCUUUCGAAGAAUUUAACCUUGUUUUCUUCAAGGCGGAUCAGAGCGCUUGGCUUGUUUUGAACCAACCGAGGCAGCGAGGUACAUUCUUUACUCUAUGGUCCUAGAAAGUGCGUUUUUGAAAAGGAAUUUUGUGUGUUUAGAAAGGUUUCAUGGGUGUUUUCUACAUUUAGAAAGCGGCGUGAGAGAAAAACCACAAAAUGUGCAUUUGAAAUUGAUUUUUUGCCAUGUGCUCAGCUGAUUGAACUUACGUGAACGAAUCCAGGAUCCAGUUAGUGUUAUACGCGAAUUUCUUUUUAGGAAUAACUCAUGGGUUUUUGAAUAAAAGUUUUCAAGAAAUUAAGUUAUUUAUCUGUUAUUGUUCAUUCAUAACAUUAGCUCAAAACACGAUCGUGAGACUACAGAUCGAAAGACUUUUAGAAAAACGUAGAAGGGCUACUCUCCAUUCUUGAAUUAAAACUAAAGUGCUGUUGUUGUACGAGCGUAAAGGAAACAGCAAAGAAAAUUCAGUAAGCGGCCAGAGUGCUUAUCCGAUAUUGCGAACAAUAAGGGUGUUCUUUCACGGAGUGACUGAAGAUGUGUCUGCAGUUUAAUGUAAAAUCAUUCACCAUGCUCACGGACCUUUCGACAACAUAAGUGUACCGAUUGAUGUGGCAAAAAACGAACGCUUUUUACUGUAGGACGAUGACGUCAUCAUACAAAAGGCGUCUUCACUCUGGCAUCCUCAUUUUCUAACCGUCCUAAUUUUCUCUGCUCGUAAACUCAAAACGAAUCUGAAGACAAGUAGUGGUAAUGUGCUUGUUAGUAAGACGUUCAACAAGCUGUGCCCAUCGUAUAUAAACAUAACCUUGUCUGGGCUCCCUUGAAAAAUUGCACUUGAUCAGAAGCCUUCAAGUUCAUCCUCUGCCGCGACAACUUCAUGAUCUAUUUUUACUUCUGGGUGGUUCAGUCUGCAACUGCCCUAUGGUUUUUCCUUUCGGGUCUUCAGGAGCGUAGCCAGGAUUUUUCAGGUGUGCGCCCAAUUCUCAAAACUUACCCUAACUUCUUACUCAGCUCUCUCGUAACGUUUCCCCGUUACAUUUGCUAAUUCUGUUAACUAGGUGAGGUUAUGCGUUGGAUGAAAUGGCAUUGGCAAUCGGUGAGAAAAUUAGGUUAGACACUUUGCCCUCAAGGACGGCUCUCACGUUUUACUGACACGUUCCACCUUAGAAGGGAAAAGUGGAGCUUUGCCUUUCCCACUCCGUGUAAACAAUUUCGUUCGGCUGUUCAAACUACUCUCAGAAAACAACAAACUACCCAACUUUAAUUUUUAAUGAAGGUACAAGGGUAGGAAUCAAAAUUGUUUUCAAAUGUUCUUCAAAAUGUACGCCAUGCAAAUGGAGUGUUUCGCUGAUUUUAACACGGAGAUUGUGAAGCAAUGUCUAGUGAGUACGGGGUAAUGCUCCAUCGUAAAAAAAGUGAAAUUGAAAAGAAAAAUUGUGUAUAAUAGGAGUACACAUUUUUAGUAAUUUUAUCGAGUUGUUAAAAAUCACAAAUUUGUUUCUUCUUGAAUGUGUUAUACUCUCAUCCAGUUUAAAUGUUUUCAGUCUUUCCGAUAUGCCCGUCGGAGAUCGAAAGUUACCGUAAAUGAUCGAUUAAGCGCCGCGGCGCCUAUUCCAUUUUCCAUGUUAAAAGUGCGGGGCUUAUUAGGGAGCGACGCUUAUCUCAACUGCGGGUAAAACACUAAGGGGAAUAUAGAGAGAACUCAGAGUUCGGCAAGAAAAAGGACAAAUAUGAACACCUCGAACUGUUAUAUGAACCUGGUUUCGAAAGUUCUCGUUUAUGAAAACUUUUGAACUCACGAUUGGGUCGUGGUUUUGUUUGUCAAGCGAUAUGGUUUUGAUGUCUUUUUAUAUCAAGCGCCGUAACAAGUCCAACGAAGGUGUGAGGCGUUUAUUUGUAAAUCAAAUUAGCGCUGCGGCGCUUAUUCUGUAGCGGCGUUUAUUCGAGUAACAGCGUUUAAUCGUUCAUUUACGGUAACUGCACAUUUGCUUGGAAAAAAGGAAAAAAUGAAAGAUUGAUUUUGUCACUUGGGAAGUUAACCUUGAUUUAAUAGGCCCGUUCGUGUCAAACAGGUAACAUAGUGCUUUCGUCAAGGGAAAAAUUGGAAAUGUUUGCUCUAUUUUCCCUUGGCUUGGUGCCUUAGUGAUAUAUGCUUCUUUGGUCUUUAUGGGACCACGGCUGAAGUCAUCAUAGCUUUUCUUUUAAAUAUAUAGAAAAAUAAUCGUCGCUGAUUUACUUUUAGAGCACUGUCCAGUCAUUACACAAUUAUUUUUUUUAGUCAUGGAGAAGAUCGUUUUUUGUUAACCUUUAUGGAUUUUUCUUAAGCAUGUACGGGCCUGAGGAAAUGUUACCUGAGAAGAAGCUACGAUCCUAACUUUCUACCUUCGAGUCUUUUCCCUAGCUAGAAGCUUUUGCCUCAAGCAAGUUUUCUUUGUUUCAAAUAAUGAUUGGUCUUGCAUGCUUAUCGAUUUUUGAGUGCCUAGUCCUGUGCCGCAUUCUGAUGUGAUCUACUUUAUGUCGCUUUUCCCCGAUCUAACAGCUCCUUACUGAACAAAAACGGUUUUAAUUGUGUCUAUUCAGAAAACUAGCCAAUAUUUUUCCAGCGAUACGCACGAUGUUCCUAAUUCCCCCAAGUCCCCGUCUUAGGCGCUUUCCUGUGCAUUGGUUAAAUUUUCUUUUCAUAAGCCUACUAUGCUUAUAAUCGCGCAUUCUGACGUCAUUUAUCCUUGAAACAUAAGUUUAUUGAAGAAAGAGUGAAGUAAAGGUGUCAUGAGACGUUUCUGAUUUUAUGAAGUAUUUGACGCGGUCCUUUUUUUACGGCUUAUGUCCGUUGGUGAAAUUGCUACUUGGGUUAAAGGGCAGGCUCUUUCUAAACGUGGCGUUGUUUGUGGGACCUCAGUAUUCAGAACAGAAUCAGUCGAUGGUAAACAACGAAAAGACUUUUAUGUGGUUAGUUACAAUGAUGAACCUUGCCUUGAGAUGGUCAUAUUUUUGUACGUACCUUCAGUGUUGGUCUGAAAAUUUUUUGUUAUGGAUUGGGGUGGGGGGAGAUCAGAACAUGUAUCACGUGUUGUUUACGAGACAUUAAAGUAAUGGAAACUGCUAAACAGUCUCCUAUAUACAAAUCAAAAUAGUUGCAAAUGCUUAAGGGAGGCACUACCUAUACAAUGAUUAGAAGGGCAAUAUUUGGAAAGGUGCAUGGUCAUGGAGUUAAGGAGAUUUGGCUAAACAGCAAAUUUCCCGCCAAACGUAUGUUUGUUUGCUAGAAUCUUCAGACAAAGAAUUGGGUAUACAAAUUCGAAUGGCUUGGCGAUACUAAGUCCUUGAGUCUACUUACCGACCACAACAUGUUUUGGUAUUAUUGAGAAGCGCGCCAAACGAGGUUGUAUCAGCGUUCUAGGACGAAUACAGUCGCGACCUGGAUUGAUAAAAUUACCAUUACAUGAGCUAUCAUGCCAGUGAUUUCUCCUUUCGUCGCAUAGUGAAUAGUUUGUAAGCACAUCCUUGACUCUCGAAACAUUUACCUUGCGCCGCUAUAGAAGUUCCGUUUCCCGCAAACCGUAGGUAGAUUUCCCGCUUAACAUAAUAUUUGAUAAUUUAUGCAAAAGUUGACCUCGUGAAAGUCAGACGUGCAUCGACUCAAAAAUGAACGGACUUCUUACACGGGGUUUGAACACGGUUUUAAUUAAAGUACUUUACGAGUGCUUCGGUAGUUGACCGCAAGAGUGUUACGAUGAUGGUUACUCAACUGGAUGAUUAGGUCACUUCAUAGCAACCAGACGCUAUGCAUUUUUUUAACUUCCGGAACGCCGAGGCUUGUGAUGGGCUACGUAUUUACCCGCUGAAAUUUUUUAUUGCUUGUAGUGAAUUUGUUUGUCUUUGAAGCAAAACAAUUGGGAAGGCUUCCUGGACGCAACAUAAUUUUUUUAGAACUGUGAAAGGUUUGAACCCAGGAGUCAUUUCAAAAGGUUGAGUUUGAUCGUCCGGGUGAACUCUACUGUUGAACUACCACUACCUACAGACGACAUUAUGGACCUACUCAACCGCUGUUUGACUUCGACGUACUUUCAGUACAACGGCAAACACUACAAACAGUUACACGGUACAGCUAUGGGCUCUCCAGUUUCCGUUGUUGUAGCAGAAAUUGUCAUGCAAAACACCUAGGAACAAGCCCUAGCUACCUACACGCGAACUGCACCUCUUUGGUUACGUAACGUUGACGACACAUUCACCGCCGUACACAAAGACGGAAUCGACGAUUUUCACGAACACCUUAACAGACAGAACGCGGACCAAGGAGAUCAAAGAAAAUGGUAAGAUACCUUUUCUAGAAUGCUUGGUCACUCGCGACAACAACAAACUAAAAACGACUAUUUACAGAAAACCGACACAUACCGACCGAUUACUAGGCCAGUCUUCGUACAACCCGACCUCUCGCAAGGCUACUUCUAUCCGGACUCUGACGAGACGAGCGCAACUAGUUUGCGACUCACCUGACAGCCUACAAGACGAGACUGAUUAUCUUAACAACGUUUUUAGUAAGAACAAUUACAACACGGACUUUGUUAGACGGAACACUCACAGUAACACUGAUUCCAACUCUCAGACCAACUCUGGCCCUGUUACGACAGCGACUAUACCGUACAUCAGAGGCACCUCUGAAACUAUUGGACGUAUAUUACAACCUUACAAUAUACGUGUUGCGCACAAACCGAUAACCACUUUACGGCGACUGCUUACUAAUGUCAAGGACAAAGACAAACCGGAGGACAGACAGGGAGCAGUAUACAAGAUCAAAUGCUGUGACUGCCCGGCUUCUUACAUUCGUGAAACCGGCAGGAACCUAAGCACGCGACUGAACGAACACAAACGCGCGACGAGGAAUGGCGACGUCAACAAUCACAUUGCUGAGCGCCAUUUAAAGACGAAACAUCAAAUUGUCUGGGACUCUGCGACAUGUAUAACGUAUUCUACAGACUACUAUCAACGUCUUACUUUAGAAAGCUGGUUUACUAACUUAGAACAAACGCCACUGAAUCGUAGCCAACAGUUACCAGCGCCGUACAAACGACUUAUUGACCAAUAAUAACCAGAGUAUAAUACCAUCAAUUGACGUGAUACAACUCACUUUGACUCUGAAGAUGACUACCGCACAGGUUGUCGAAACGUCAGUCACUGUCAACAACAACAGUCCUAUUCAGGACUACGUUCACCCGGACGAUCAAACUCAACCUUUUUAUAGCUUUAAAAAGAGACCAAAUAUUUUGUAAAUCUGUACGUCGAAUGUUAGCGGACUCUUAACAUGAUUUUGCGAGGAUUCUAAGUUUGCUUAUAAGACCACUAAAUUUUACUCAAAAUGACCCUUGCGCAAUUUCGAACAAAAACACUAAUUUCAAUAUUACUAUGGAAAGUCCGGAUUUCAAUUUCUUUAUGCAAUAGAACAAUUUAGUUCACUAUUUUCAAGGUAAUUUUCGCUUUAAGGUCAAUCUAUUGUUCAUAAAUUACUUUAAUUCAUGACAUUUCUAAACUAAUAGUAUACAUGCAAAAAUUUCAGCACUCUCAUUGGCUGAGAGCACGUCAAUUUAUCCCAAAUAGUGCAGAGAGUUGAAAUAUUUUCAGUGCAAAAAGUUGAAAUUGAGUGGAGAAAGUUAAAAUUAAAUUGAUUGUCAACCUCAGGUGGUCAUCAGUUAAGGGUCUGUCGGCAGAAUAAUCGAAAACUCCUUUAUGUAAUCAUGAGUGUGAAGAAUGUGCAAACAGACGUAAUCACAAGCCAUGUGCACCAUAAAGUAAUUCUGAUUUCAGCUUUGUUCACGCCGCAUUUCCACCCACACUUCAAGAAAGAAACCAUCAGAAACAAAAGCCAAAUGGCAAAAUGCAAAAUUCUUGACUGACAAUCAAACAUGAAAAACGUCUUGAAGCAAAAGCACUUCUCAUUAAAUAGAGAAAGUAGUGUGAUUAAAGUGUUGUGGGAAAUCUUUUUUAAACCAUUUUUCUGUUUGUUUUUGUAUUUUAGUCGGCUUCGAGGCCAUAGAUCGUCUCAAAUUUAUCUAACCAGUCACCCUAUGAAACUUAAAAUAAUUAUGCCCGCCGUUAAACGAGACGAAAAAAUGCAGUAACUCAAACUCACCCAUCAUGCAACUCCUGGAAGCUAGUAAGUGACUCAGGGUAGAAACGCUUUAGUUUUCUCCGUUACUCUGCUGUAAAAACCCUGCAUGAAAGUUCUUACAAAACCAGCCAUCGAUGAAACCAAAGUUGCGACGCUUUCCUCAACCAAAACCCAAAUACACAGGACAUCCCAACAAAGGAAUCUUGUUAACAGUUUCAAUUUUAUUUCUUUCAGUGCCGGCAGUGGAAAAACGUGCAGAAAAAAAAUGAGAAAAGGCUUCAGUUUUCGAUAAACAAGUUGCGUUUUUGUCCAUCAAUAUUGACCUGUCAAAAUUUUGACCAAACUUAGUCGAGGUUGUCAUUUGUAGGCGGGAACAGGUACGCGGUGCGCGGUGACACGUAAAAGAGGAAAAGAGCAAGUUGCAAGUCAAAUUUUUGCCUGUAUAUUGUUAACAAGUAAUCGCCUGAUUUUUCUCGUGCACUUUGGGAUAAAUCAGCACUCGUGCAAUUUUGUUAGUCUGAAAAAUUUACUUGUGCUGAUUUAUCCUACACUGCACUAGAAAUCAUUCGUUUACCUAUACAAAUUCAACAGCUCUCGCGUGUAGGUAAAAUCUUUACUCGUUGGCACUUAGCGAUAGCUAUAACUAGUUUUAUAAUGAUAAUAAUCUAGUUAUUAAUAAGGGAUGCUUUCAGCAUAUCUAGCCUGUGAAAACAUCCGUUUCUCCUCGCUCUUUGUCGCUGGGGACGUUUCGCGCAUAGGAACGUUUGCGACUCAGCGACAAAAAUUCCAUACUGAUGACGUGAAAUCUGUCCGGAAUCCGGUCAGAAGCGCUGAUUGGUCGACGGAGCAGUUACAUUAAUUUAGCUAUUGUUUACAAAUAACAGACAAAAGACAAAAGGCUACAAAGGUCAAAUGUAAACGCGAAGAAUCUCUAACAAAACAGUCAAUAUUUUUGGAAUAUAGUCUUCUCUGGAAGAAGCAUUUGAGUUUUGCUAGAGCUUGUUGGUAAAUGAACACAACACUUCACAAAAAUCGACCAGAAGACUCGCAAAAUUGGAGAAAGUUAUUUUGGAACCCCAUGACUACCGGAUAUAUUAUGUAAACAUUGAUUUGCGUCAUUAGUAUGGAAUUUCUGUCGCUGAGUCGCAGACGUUUCUCCGCGCGAAACGUCCCCAGAGGCGAAGAGCGAGGAGAAACGGAUGUCUUCGCAGGCUACAACAUAUCAAAUUUGCGUCAAUAACUAAUCAAACUAGGACAGUGUUAAGGGAAAUUUUGAAAGCUAAGAUUUGUUCAUUUCUUUUGUUUAAGGUAUUCCUGGUUUAGAAAUUGUAAAAUAUUUCUCCCAUAAGCACAAAUUACAUUUCUUGGUGAUCUUUGUAUACGAUUUUUCUUCCUUUGCUUUGCGCCACUUGAUAGUAUAUUUUACGUUCUUCUUUCUCAAGCUUUGAAUAUGCUUGCUUGCAUCUUGUAACGUUCGUUCUUGAAUGAGCACAUAUGGUUUCUGUAUCUUCGGUGAGAAAUUUAACUACAGUUAAGGAGGCGACUUUAUGACAUUUUUACGCGUAUCGUUAUAAGGCUUCAUCAAUAUCCAAUACAAUUGCCGACGUAACCGUUUUUAUCGAUAAAACUAAUAUAUAAUUGCGUUGAAGAUUUUAAACAAACCCAAAGGUUGUUGACCAAAACAUCCUUACCAACCGCACUUAAUAGUAUCCUUUUACUGACUUGUUAGGUCCUCCAACUAUCACACACGUAUCUCAUAAUCAGACAGCAAAUGAGGGAGAUAAGGUGAUGCUUAACUGUACAGCUGAUGGUAAUCCACCUCCAAACAUCACAUGGACAAGACUCUCUAGUAACAGUCACAUCACCUUUCCUCUGGCCAUCAGGAGACAAGAUGAAGGAGGUUACAGAUGUACUGUUGAUAAUGGUAUUGCCGUUAAAGUCCAUGAUGUCUUUAUUACUGUACAAUGUGAGUGAGAUUAAAUAAUUCGUGAAGCAGGGGCAACCAAAGACGAUUUCCUCCUAAAUGCAUUGAAAACACUUUUUAGGCUAUCCAGAGUACUUUUACGUCUCUAGAAAUGCAUUGCACGAGGCGCUGUAAAAUUUGUGUCUGUUCGGUGAUGCUAGGUGAACCUGAGUCUUUUCGAAAUUACCAGGGCUUCAAUAUUAUCUUCCCGAAAAUUUUAGAUGCAAUUUGACGUAUCACGAAAGUGAGACAUUUUCUGAUUUCUUUCUCCAUCGCAUUUUUGAGUCCGAAAGGUUUAGGUUUCCUUUUUUUCGUAGAAAAAAAUGCUAACUUGGGAAGUUAAAUGUGAAAAUUAAAGAUCAGAAAAUCGUUGGUAAUUUCUUAGUUCAGCUUCGAAAAACGAAGAUGAAUGGAACGGUCAUCUAGAAAUUUUUAGCCGCCCUGAAGUAAUAGAAGGUUUCAGUCAAUAUUUGCUUCUCCGAACGGAUAUUUUACCGAAAACAGUCGUAGGGUGCCCGUGAUGAAGCAUGCAUAGUUGCUAAAAAGAUUAUGAUAUCAGCAAUAAAACCAGUUCAACCUAUCCGGCAAUUAUGUUAUUGUGAACGUUUUUGGAAUAGAAUCGGUAUACUCGCGCUGAGAUAACGAAUGAAAUGUCUAUGUUUUAUUUUUAAGAAGUGGAAAAGCAUGAAUAAAUUCUUUUAUUAAUCAAUGAAUUCUUUUUGUAACAAAAAUGAUUGCUUUUUGAUGAACUGCAAAACUCUCGUAAGGCGCGGCACAGAAAAGCAAACGCUUCUGUUGGUUAGUUGUAAAACUUCACAAUCGACUAGUUUGAAAGAAAAUUCAUUUUCUCAAACUCACAGUGAAAAUGUGCUUUUUUAUUCAUUAACGAUCCACGGAAACUAAACAGAAACAUAGGUGAAAGAGUCUGAAAGUCUUUCUUAGGUAGCUUUAAGUUAAAAUAAACAAGUGCUCAUAAAAAAGAGGGGAGUAUGGUUUUGGAUUCGUCAAGCGAUGGUUAUAUUUUGUUCGGCGACAGGAUACACAAGACUGACAUAAUAUUCAUUCGCAAGCGAUCGGAGAAGCCUUAUAUGCACACUGGUCAUUAAGGCCUCAAUAUAGUGGACCUGACAGCAGUUGUAUCAGGAAGUGAUCAAUUUAUGUCUUUUUGUGUUAUUUGUCUAGUUGCUGCAAGGGAAUCGAACUUUCCCGCCUCGGCCGGAUUGUUCGGCUAUAGCAAAAGUGAAUGAUUUUUCGCUAUUACUUUAAUACUAACUUGAUUUCAAAAGUAUUCAGUAAACAAACGUUUUUAAAAACAGAGGACACUUUAUAAAAAUUUGUUUCUCCUUGACACAGACCAAUUUGUGGUCUUCUUUUCCAGCUAAAAAUCAGUCAAUUACAACGCCGGCAUACUUUUCAAUGGCUCAGGCUCCAAUUUACGAAACACUAUCACCGCUUUUGUUGUUGGUUUGAGUGGCUUAAAUUAAAGCUCAAUUCCAAAAAUGAUACUCUGACCAUUGGAGAAAAUCUGAGCAAAAUGUGUUUCUCAUAGCAAAAAUUGAGCACGUCAUCUUAGGCGUAUACGUAAAUAAUAUUUUUUCAUACUCAAGAGGGCUUCUAUAGGGCAAGCACACACGCUAUGCCACUUAUUUUUGAGGAUACUUAGUUACCGGCUAUUUUUGUCAAUUCCGUAAACGCCUUUAUGCGUUGCUUGGUAGAAAGCAGUAGGCACACCGUAAAGUGUGACAUUACGAAGUGUGAAGCUUCUUAUAAGCCUCUUUUCAUCUGAGAAUGAAAGCAUUAAAAAUAAGUAAGCAAAGCACUCUACUUGACGCGCACACAACUUUCCAAAUUCCAGGAACAGCUGUUAGAGAACAAUCACAACGUGAGUGAAAACGCACAAUAUGAACAUGCACUGCUCUAAGAUUUGCAUUAAAGAAUCGAUAAUAAAUUCUAUUUCAGCCAUAUUCGUUUCCUUGUUAGUUUCUAUAUCGCUGGCAUCGUUAUAUUUUACAGACGCACCUAUAGUAAAGACGGUCGCUCCUGUAACAUCCCAAUCUUGGAUUGGACAAACUGUGAAAUUGACGUGUGCUGGAGAUGGUGCCCCGACGCCGAUCUUGUCAUGGAAAAACCCGAGUGGGAGGUUAAUAAAGAAAGUAAUAGAUUUGAAAAACAUAGUAGAUGUGCUAAUGAGCAGUGAUCAGGACUUCGGAAAUUACACAUGUGAGGCCACUAAUGAUGUAAAUACUGAUACAAGAACAGUGCUGGUGCAGCAGAUAAGUAAGAGGAAUAUCCAUUGUUCUUCGAUUACACAUAUUUUUGAUAUACACAUACUAUACCUGCAUUAGGAAAAAUCUCAUCCUUCUGUCAUUCUUUCCUGUGCGCACUGCAUGGUUGAAUAUGUUUCUUCCAUUUGAAGUGUGCAUUUAAAGGUGCGUGCCCUUUGCAGCUAAACAGUCACGUGUGACAAAAACACCUUGCUGGAGAGCAUGAGACGCAGUGGGCCUAGAACAAAAUUAACAAUAACAACAUAAUUACGUCAUUAAGAAUGCUAAUUCCCCCGGCUUUCCAGAACCCACGUGCACUGCGUCGUUCACUCCUCAGCAACGUGUUUUUGCACCAUGUUACUAUUUUGGUGCAAAGGGCCCAUACCCAUAAAAACCACAGAUGAAAAUGGAAGAAAUGCAGGCAACCAGUAUUUUAAGAUUUGGCAUGUUCGCUCUACUAAGAUAAAUACAGAAAAUGGGACUUGAUCAGAUUAUAUUCCAAUUAUUAUUUUGGCAAUUCCCUAUCGUCCCUUUGUCCUUUGUCUCCUUUUCACGGGCUAGACCAUAGGCUAAAAAAAUUACAUUACAAUUGAAAGAAAAAAUACAAAAUAAUGUUUUCCUCUCAGCACUGUGCCUUGAGAUCGGUCUUUUAUGUUAAUGACAGGAUAAGAUAUGUCUCUAGAGUUUUCUAGAAAUUGUCUCAGGGAGUUUAGUUGGUUCGUAGUGCUCUUCAUCUUUGCAUCUUACCGAACUUUGCGACAUACCCACCCUGCUCUUUUGUUUGUUACGUCGUGUACGGCUUUUCCUUUUUCUCCUUAUUUCCGUUUUCUAACCUUUCUAUACAACCAGCAUAUAGCGAGAAAAAAUGAAGCUUGGAGGGUUUGAUUUAAUAAUGUGCAGAACUAUUUUGCUCUUCUUCAGAGGCACCAGGGUCGCCGAUCGUCACAGUGGCCAUUGAAGCAACUUCCAUAACAGUUCGAUGGACAAAACCAGCUGACGAUGGAGGAAGUCCUAUUACAGCAUACAGAGUGUUAAUACUGCGCGGCAACACGGAGAUAGAAAAUACGAAUAUAACCGAUUUUACGGCCAUGCAGCAAGAUAUUAGAAGUCUAACCAGAAGCACAAACUACACUAUAAAGUUGUUUGCCAGAAAUUGCGUGUUUGAGGGAAAAGCAACUGAAAAAAAAAUUCAGACCAAGUUUGAGGGUAGGAUGAUCUGUAAAAACUUGGUUAUUACUGUUUACUCUCUCGUUGUAAUUAGAUUUAAAGUGAGUUCCUUUUAAGGUGUUUCGCUAACAGUUUUUCGGAGACCAUACCGAUGUUUUUAAUCACCUUAAAAGUACUUUUAUCCUUGUCCGAUCGCUACAAACUUUUCACCAGUGAUUGACUAUGAAAUGAAGUUUGUCAAACUGCACUUUUUAGUAAAAUCGAUAUCACUAUGACAAUAAUAAACAAAAAACUUCACAAUCGACAAAAUCCGAAUUUAGCCCAAUCUAGACCUGCUACGGAAAAUCCGACAACAGGAACUUAUAGUGCGGUGUUUAGCCAAUAACCUCCGUAAGAAGAAAAACAAUUCUGAAUGUUUGAAUUCAAAUAAAACGCAAGUAUAUUUCAAACCUUAUAUUUUCAAUAGCCGUGAUAAAAUAUUUAAUAACAAAAGUUCUAAAUAACUCAAAUUAAUCUUAAAUAGCGAAAGAAGGCUGCUUAACAUCACAUUUCGAUGCUUGGAAAUUUUGAAAAUAUAAGGUUUAAACUAUUUUUUCGUUUUACUUGAAUUCAAACAUGCAUAAUUUUUUUCAUUCUCACGGAGGUUAUUUGCUAAACACCACACUAUAAGUUCCUGGUGUCGGAUUUUCAGUUGUAGGUCUAGAUCACGCAAAAUUCGGAUUUUAUCGAGUUCAAAGUUUUUUGUUUACUGUUGAUAGACAACCCAGCUAGUACAAGGCUCGAAAACAGCUCUCUGAGGGCUCUAAUAUGUUCUUCCCACGUGCGGGUGUGAACCAAUAUAUCAUAGAGUAG